AUGGCAGUUCAUCCAAUAUCACAAACAGCUGCUCAUAUCUUGAAAAGCUCAAAAAGACUGGUGCUUAAACUUAAUCGAAAAGGUGAAAUACAUUUAUUUGGUAAAUGUGGCGUAUCACGUGAUGAAAAAAAGGCCUUUGAAUAUUUUAAACGUGCAACUUCGAUGAACCAUACACAAGCACAAGGUGUGCUAGCUUUUUGUUAUGAGUUUGGUCUAGGCGUGGAAAAGAACUUUAAACAGGCAGAGUUACAUUAUAUUUCUGCAGCUGAAAGUGGUAAUGGGUUAGCACAGGCAAGACUUGCUUUCUUGAGAAAAUACGGUCGACCUUCAGUACGAAUUGAUCGUUCAGAAGCUGAUAUGUGGCAACAAAAAGUAAAAGAACAAGGAAAAACUAAUGCACUCGAGAAAGGAAUUGGUUGUGAAGUUGAUUUGCAAGCAGCUACAACCUGGUUUGAGAAAGCUGCAAGCUCUGGAUGUAGAACAAGCUGUGAACGACUGAAGCGUUUAUUAAUGAAGGAAUGCUUGGGUCAGGAUGACCACAUUGCGAGUCAAUAUAUUUUUGGUUAUUACGCAGCAGCAGCAUGA